UGUGGCUGAAAAAUGAAGAAACCAUAGCUCUUUAAAUUGGUACCAAAACUCAUUCAUUCAUCCACAGAAAGGCGUUGUUACUAUUCUCCCCCAACCACCCCCGCUCCGCCGCUCCUCCGCCGCAGUUAAAUGGCGGCAACCGCGGACUUCCGCCGCCUCAAAUUCGUUUCAUCCGGAAACACUCCCAACCGCCGCCCCUACGCCACUAAUUUUACUGCCCCAAUUUCAUUUAGCGUAAACAAAUUCGAAUUUCAAUUCCACCCUAGAAAUUACUUAUCCUCCGGUAAAUUCGAUUUUUUGCACCACAAACGGCGUCGUAGUAGGUUGGGGGUCUGCUGCCAGGCCGCCGGCGCUGGUGUUCAACCCCGUUCUGCCGCUUCCGAAAAGGACCUUGCACUCACCGCUCGUGCGGGCAAAGACCGCCUAUUGAAGGUGGCUUCGUCGAAUAUAAGGAACUUCUGCAUUAUAGCACACAUUGACCACGGAAAAUCGACACUGGCGGACAAGCUGCUUCAGAUGACCGGGACAGUAGAAAACAGAGAUAUGAAGGAGCAGUUUCUCGAUAAUAUGGACUUGGAGAGAGAAAGAGGCAUCACCAUCAAAUUACAGGCUGCAAGGAUGCGUUUUAUGUAUAACAAUGAACCAUAUUGCCUGAAUCUUAUUGAUACACCUGGUCAUGUUGACUUCUCCUAUGAGGUUUCGCGCUCUCUUGCCGCCUGUGAGGGUGCUCUUCUUGUUGUAGAUGCCUCCCAGGGAGUGGAGGCCCAAACAUUGGCUAAUGUUUAUUUGGCCUUGGAAAACAACCUUGAAAUUAUUCCAGUUCUGAACAAGAUAGAUCUUCCAGGUGCUGAGCCAGAACGUGUUUGCAGAGAGAUAGAAGAGGUCGUCGGUCUUGAUUGUAGCGAUGCAAUUUACUGCUCGGCAAAGGAAGGAAUAGGUAUCAACGAAAUCCUAAAUGCAAUAGUUCAAAAGAUCCCCCCACCUAAGGAUAAUGCAGAAAAGCCCUUGAGGGCUCUCAUAUUUGAUAGUUACUAUGAUGCUUACCGAGGUGUCAUUGUAUAUUUCCGACUUAUUGAUGGGACGUUAAAGAAAGGUGACAGGAUAAUGUUUAUGGCCAGUCAAAAGGAUUAUUAUGCAGAUGAAGUUGGAUUUUUAUCUCCCAACCAGUUGCAGGUUGAUCAGUUAUAUGCUGGAGAGGUAGGUUAUCUUUCAGCUUCCAUACGAUCAGUGGCAGAUGCUAGGGUUGGUGAUACUAUUACACAUCACGGUAGAAAGGCAGAAAAAUCGCUUCCCGGAUAUAAGGAGGUUACACCGAUGGUUUUCUGUGGCCUGUUUCCUGUUGAUGCUGACCAGUUCCAAGAGUUGCGUGAUGCUUUAGAGAAAUUGCAACUUAAUGAUGCUGCUCUAAAGUUUGAGCCAGAGACCUCAAGUGCCAUGGGAUUUGGCUUUAGAUGUGGGUUUCUUGGUCUUCUUCAUAUGGAAAUUGUUCAGGAAAGACUGGAACGCGAGUACAAUUUGAGUCUGAUAACCACAGCCCCAAGUGUGGUUUACAAAGUCAUUUGCGUAAAUGGUGAUACUGUUCAAUGUUCGAAUCCAUCCUUACUUCCUGAAGCUGGAAUCCGAAAGUCAAUUGAAGAGCCAUAUGUUAAGAUUGAGUUGCUCACGCCAAAAGAAUACAUUGGUGCACUUAUGGAGCUUGCCCAGGAUCGGAGAGGUGAAUUUAAAGAACUUAAGUUCAUUACUGAGAUCAGAGCAUCGAUUAUCUACGAGUUACCCCUGGCUGAGAUGGUAGGCGACUUCUUUGAUCAGCUAAAGUCUAGGAGUAAAGGCUAUGCUAGCAUGGAGUAUUCCUUUAUUGGGUACAAACAGAGCGACUUGAUAAAGCUUGACAUUCAAAUCAAUGGGGAACCGGUGGAGCCUUUAUCAACUAUAGUGCACAAAGACAAGUCUUAUGCUAUUGGAAGGGCGCUUACUCAAAAACUGAAGGAACUAAUACCCAGACAAAUGUUUAAAGUGCCAAUUCAGGCAUGCAUAGGCACCAAAGUGAUUGCUAGUGAAGCUUUGUCUGCAAUCAGGAAGGAUGUUACUGCCAAAUGCUACGGUGGAGACAUCACAAGAAAAAAGAAGCUACUGAAGAAACAGGCCGAGGGAAAGAAAAGAAUGAAGGCAAUCGGUAAGGUUGAUGUACCCCAAGAAGCAUUUAUGGCUGUAUUGAAACUGGAAAAAGAGGUACUGUAAUUUGCACCCGUAAAUAGAAGAAAAAAAGAUUUAAGUUAUAUCAAACCAAUUUUUCUUCGAUGAAAAAAAGACGAAUCUAUACACCGAAAAAGGGUAGAAGCUCUAACUCCUGUAUCUCGGUCUUACGGGAAGAAAUAUUUAAAUGGGGUGUUGUAAAAAUUGAUAAUUGACCUCGAGAAAGAGUACGAUCAUGUACUUGUGCUCGUUGGUUGGAUUCUGUUAAUAAAAUCACGUGAUUGUCCAGUUUUGUCACAUCAAUCUGUUCUGUAUUUGUGAAACAUUGAAUUCUGCGUUGAUCAUAUUAUUUGUUUCUUGGCA